AUGGCCGUCAAGUCUGCUCACCACACGUCGACUGGCAAAUUCCCAGACAUACACGUGAGCGUCGUUGGAUCCACUGAUAACGUACUCUUUGCCGUCCAGUUUCUUCACGAUCUGGCUGCCUCGAAUCUGGAGCGGAAGUCCCACAACUUGACCGCGCCAUCGUCCGAACAGGUAACCAAUGUGUCGCUUGACGAGUUCGAAAGGUCGUUUAUGCACGACUUGUGGUGGAAUGUCUUGACUUUACGGUUCUUGACAAUGUCGAAUAUACUAGCUGUGGAGUCUGCGGACGCCACAAACAAAUGGUUUUCGUUGGUUUGUGACCAUCUGAUACUUGUGAUAGCGGACUUGGUAAUAUUUGUGACGUUGAACUCGAACUGGAGCUCUUCUUUGAUAUCCUGGGGAGACUCGGGGACCCUCCAUAUGCACAGGUUACGAUCGACUCCACCCGAUGCCAGCAAAGAUCCGUCGUCAUUAAACCUAUUUGACAAUAUUGGGCCCUUGUGGCCAGUCAAUCGCAGCACAAAGGGGUCUGUGUUGCCCUGGUGUACAACAAGAGACAUUUAUCUAGGGACAGAGAAAAAAAUGGUAUAUAUCUAA